GCGCGUACAGAGAGAGAAUUGAUGUGGUAUACACAUCAGAGAAUUAAGAAAAUGGUAUUGGUAUGGAUCAAGGCUUAUUAAAACAAUGUGAGCGAUUUGCUCAGAUUUUAAAUCUGAAUGAAAGUGUUGCGUGAAUAUUUACUUUUUUUUUAUCUCCGACUCGUGAAUGUUUUUACCUGUUUGUAUACAAUUGCAAUUACAUAACAACGACAAAAUGUUUUGGGUCUUGAUAGUUUUGGUUGUGCUUAGCGAAUAUAGUUGGUCUCAGCAGUUAGUGGACUAUGAUGAAGACGAUAAACAACCGACAAAUAUCAAUGAAAGCUUUGACGUUGCCCUUGAAGAACUUUGGCCGCUGGUAAUUAAAAAUGGAUUGGAUAAGACCAUAAUUCCCGACAUAUCCGAAGGAUUUUCUUAUAGGCCUUUGUUCAUAAAUUACAAUGCCGGAGUUCUGCUAAGUAAUGGAAUGGUUUGGAAUAUCCGAAAGGUUGUACGGUAUGGUGAUGUAUUCAUGAUAUUGGAUAAUAAAUCCCUUCGGCUGGGUGGAAGUGUUCUAAUCGAUAAAGUUGAUUUCAGCUACGACUUCAAUGCACGUGUUAUGGGACUGGGCGCUACUGGUACGGUUAUCGGAACCGUCACCGAUACCAUAGUAACGGGCGAAUUUUCCAUUAAUUUAAAUGACACGAAUGUCAUUCUGAACGAUAUGCAAAUUACGUCAUUCGGUGAUAUUGCCGUGCAACUCAAAAGUAAUGUGGUUCUGCGCUGGAUGUCCGAACCGUUCCUCCGGACCAUUACCCGUUUGUUUCAGUCUCGUAUUACGACAACGGUAUCCGAUGGUGUGCGAGAUUAUACGAGAAAGCUGUUGAAUGAUAUCAACGACAAUGACCGAUUGAAUAUUAAAAAAUAUUUCCACAGCAUCAUCCCCAUAUUGAAUACGAAAGAUCGAUGAAUUGGGUCGACCGUUGCAGACAUUUUUAUAACAUAAAUCGGGGGUCGUAUUUCUUCUUCGGAAGCAAGGGUGUAAUUGUUAUGUUGUGAGGAAAAUAAUAUGAAAAAAAAAAACAUUUUUUUUGUCAUUUCUUUUUAACCAAUAAAGCCAUAUUAAGAA